AGCAGCAAAAGGAAUAGAUGUCCUUUUUUAAAAAAAAAGAUUGAUGAAGCGGGGUGGCCUUCACGUUUAUACCUCUCUUUAAGCAAUGCCAGUCGUUAACAUGCAGCUUAUUUAGUAGUUCGCACGUCCUUCAAAAAAGCAAUGCAAGAAUCGCCCCCAAGUCAUCUCUCAUACUUAACAAUCGACAUAAUAUAAAUCCUACCCCAUCAACAUCCAUCCCAUUGGCCCCGAAGCACUCAGUUUCCUGCUAGACUCUCCAAGCCCUGAUCACUUGGAAGAAAAAUGGCAAGCAAUCAGCUCUUGAUCCUCGUCUCGUCACUCUUGUUCCUCCAGUCGGCCUUCGCUACCCUUAUGGCUGCUGAACCAGCGAAGAAAACCGAUGUGGUGGUCGAAGGCGUGGUGUACUGCCAGAGCUGCGAGCAGGCUGGAACAUGGUCUCUGUCUGGGGCCAAGCCAAUCCCUGCUGCCAAAGUCAGCGUCAUUUGCAAGAACCACAAGGAUCAAGUCAGCUACUACAAGGUGUUCGAAACAGAUGGGACCGGUUACUUCUACGCCCAACUCGAAGGCUUCACAAUGAGCCAAUGUCUAUCGGAGCAUCCCCUCCAAGCUUGUCAUGUUAAGCCUGUCUCCUCUCCUCUUCAAAACUGCAACCUCCUUACCAAUGUUAACUACGGACUCUAUGGCUCCCCACUUCGUUACGAGACCAAGAAAUUGUUUGGAAGCAACUACGAGGCUGUCAUCUACGCUGCAGGCCCCUUGGCAUUCCGUCCAGAUCAUUGCCCUCUCCCCACUCACUUCUAAUCAUUUCUACUCCAACCCAAUUGCCGUUGGCCAAUUGAUUA